AUGGCUACAGCUGUCGCAUCUUCAGAAGAUGAAACUCAAUCAAAGUCACCAAAGAUUUCAUUUAUUAAUUCACAGAUAGGAAAACAAUUGCUAAUAGCAAAUGAAUACAUUUUCAAAUUAAAUAAAACAACAACUACUACAAAAUAUUGGAAAUGUGUAGUUAAUAGUUGCUCUGCUAAAAUUCAUACAGAUGUGAAUGUUCGUGAAUUUCGUGAGAAAGUUAAACAACGAGAAGUAAAUGAAACAGCGCCUAUUCCACGGAUAUAUGACGAAGAAUGUGCAAAAGCGAAACUAUCAGAUGCAACAACAGCUAUAUUACCAAGUGAGCGUGAAAUGAACAGUGGAAUAAACAAAUCACGUCGUGCUAUGACACCUACAAUUUCAACAACACAAUUAUUUGAUAUCCCUGAACCUUUUACGAAAACAUUACACGAUGAUGACUUUUUAAUUGUUGAUAAAAUGAUUACAAGGCGACAGCGAAUAUUUUUAUUUGCAUCACGUGAACAAUUGAAAAUGCUUUUAGGUGCCGAUACAAUAUUAAUGGAUGGAACAUUUUCAACUUAUCCAAGUAUGUUCGACCAAGUCUACACGAUGGAUGCUAUAAAAUAUGAUCAAUCAUUUCCUUGUGUAUUUGGCUUAUUACCUAAUCAAUUAAAAACCACAUAUCAUUUCAUGUUUCAGGAGCUAAAAUCAAUAGCUAUGCAAAUGCAACUUAACUUUACACCUAAAUCAAUAAUGAGUGACUUUGAACGUGCUUUAAUCACCGUAAUUGCAGCUGAAUUUGUUGGAGCAACGCAUUCAUCUUGCUAUUUUCACUUUACGCAAGCUGUCUAUCGAGCUAUACACCGAGUCGGGUUAUCUACAAGUUAUAAUAAUGGCAAUGAUAUUAAACAUUCUUGUCGAAAGUUAAUGGCCCUUGCUUUACUUCCUGAACCAAUCAUUGAAGACACUUAUGAUGAAUUAUUAGCAGCAAUGUCAAUCGAAAUAAAAAAUAAACUAAAUGAUUUGUUACAGUAUUUUCAAGGACAAUGGUUUGUUAAAGUUCCUAUGUCUCAAUGGUGUGUGCAUGGUUUUAGUAUGAGAACCAAUAAUAAUGCUGAAGCAUUUCAUAGUCGCUUCAACCGUCGAGUUCAAAUAACUCAUCCAAAUAUGUGGUCGUUCAUAAAAUUUCUACAAGGAGAAGAGAAUCGUUUUCAUCAUUUACGUAUUCAAUUUUAUGCAGGUUUAGGAGCAAGACCUAAACAAGCCAAAACAAUCGCAAUUCAACGUCGUAUUGAUAAUCUUGGUCAACGAUAUUAUGAUGGCGUUAUAAGCGCUAUGGAGUACUUAGAUGGCUUAUCAUAUACAGUGGCAAAACGAAAAAAAUAG